UACGGUGCGGUGUGGGAAAAUACGGGGCGAGCAGCAGCAUUUUUUUAUUUGAAUUAUUCCGUCUCGUUUUAUUUCGCGCAAACUUUGAAUUUAGUUGGUCUCUUUAAAUAAAUGCUGACUAUUUAAAACCAUAUUUCCUUCUGUACUGUACAUUUAUGAAUUAACAACACAGGCUUGUCUUCUACGGAGACGGUGCAUCAUAUUAAACGCCGGUUAAUGAAUCAACCCAGUCGUUGAGAGCUGACAGUCCUUCAGAAGGUCAGAAGAUGGAUCUGAAGUCUCCUACCAGGGACAUUGAACACCUUUGCAUCUCCCAGCGUGCACUCUGAUGGGAUCAUCUGCAUUGCCCACAAAAUGUCAGCACAUUGAAAUUCAGCAGCUGGCUAGCGAGGUGAGAGACGUCAGACAUGUCCGAAACUGAAGACGAGAGCAGCAACAGCAGCCUGCGGAGGAAGAAACCACCCUGGCUCACACUAGACAACCCCAGUGACCAGAACCCUGCAGAAGAGCACAAUAACUUUCUACAGCCAGUCAUGCGCAACAGCUUGUAUAUGCGCAGUGCCAGUGUACCCACUGAAAAUAUCCAGCUCAGAUGCCCGCCAGUCGACCCCAAUGCUUGUCGCAGACCCUCGGUUCUGCGCAAACACUCCAUCACCCAGACCAUCAAGAGCCCCACAGGGAAGAGGGUACGCUUUGAGCAGAUGAGCUCCAUCCUGGUUAAAGGUCAGAGUUUCACACGUCUGGAACCCCCCAGGCGUCAGUCACUGCCCCAAAUCGUCCUCAGGGGCACAGCAGACUGGUUUGGGGUCAGCAAUGAUGUGGAUGCCUCCCAAAAAUGGCAGAGGAAGAGCUUGCAGCACUGCACACAGCGCUACGGCAAGCUGAAGCCUCAGGUCAUUCGUGAUAUGGACCUUCCCAGCCAAGACAAUCUCUCCAUGGCCAGUACAGAGACCCCUCCUCCUCUAUACGUCCCUCCCACACAGCAUGGCUUGCAGAGGAUCGUGGACCCACUGGCUCGGGGUCGAGCGUUUCGUAAUGUAGAGGAGGUGGAUGGUCUCAGCACAUACCAGACUCCCAUCACUUCCUGCGCUGCCUCUCUCUGCUCCUUCACCAGCUCUCGCUCAGGCUUUAACAGACCUCCACGCAGACGAAAACGUGAGUCUGUUGCUAAGAUGGGCUUCAGAGCAGCUGCUGCUCUGGUGAAGGGGCGCUCUAUUCAGGAACGUCCUAUUCGACGUGUGCACCGGCAAAGUUUUGCCACAGCCAGUUUCCUGGAAGAGGACACUGUUGAUUUCCCAGAUGAACUGGACACCUCCUUCUUUGCCAAGGAUGGGUUUAUGCAUGAAGAGUUGUCCACAUAUGCAGAUGAGGUGUUUGAAUCGCUUUCUGAAGACGCCGUUAAAGAAACUGAUGCCAGUAAAGCAUCAGAUGAGAAGGACCUGACGGGCAGUGCCCUAGACAAGACAGAACUGGAGAGGAGCCAUCUUAUGCUGCCUCUUGAGCGGGGCUGGCGUAAGGUAAAGGAUGGUGCUCUGGUUCAGCCUAAAGUGCGCUUACGGCAGGAAGUGGUAAGUAUGAGCGGGCAACGGCGUGGAAAACGCAUUGCCGUGCCUGUUAAGAAACUCUUUGCCAAAGAGAAGCGUCCUUAUGGGCUUGGCAUGGUGGGCAGACUGACCAACCGCACUUACCGUAAACGCAUCGACAGCUUCGUCAAGAGACAGAUAGAAGACAUGAAUGACCACAGGCCUUUCUUCACUUACUGGAUCACUUUUGUCCAUUUGCUGAUUACCAUCCUGGCAGUUUCCAUCUAUGGCAUUGCACCUAUAGGCUUCUCACAACAUGAGACAGUAGAUUCUGUCUUACGGAAUAAAGGAGUUUGUGAAAACGUCAAAUUUGUGCAGCAAGAAAACUUCUGGGUUGGACCAAGCUCGGAGGCGUUGAUUCACCUUGGGGCUAAGUUCUCCCCCUGCAUGCGUCAGGAUCAGGAGGUGCAUGAGCUUAUACAGGAGAAGAGGGAGAGUGAGCGUCACUCAGCGUGCUGUGUCCGUAACGACAAAUCAGGCUGCCUGCAGACCUCGCAGGAGGAGUGCUCGAGUACACUGGCAUUAUGGGUAAAGUGGCCUCAGCACCCAAGUGCUCCCUAUCGAGAUGAGGAAGUGCGUCACUAUGGUUCUGUAUGCCAUCAAGACCCCAGGAUUUGUCUGGAGCCCGCAUCUGUUACACCUCACGAGUGGCCUGAUGACAUCACUGAGUGGCCAAUAUGCACCAGGUACAGCACAGGGAACCACACUAACUUGCCACACAUUGAUUGUGUCAUUACCGGCAGACCCUGCUGCAUAGGGACCAAAGGAAGGUGUGAGAUUACAUCAAGAGAGUACUGUAACUUCAUGAAGGGGUACUUCCAUGAGGAGGCCACACUCUGCUCACAGGUGCAUUGCAUGGAUGAUGUGUGUGGCCUCCUGCCUUUCCUAAACCCAGAGAUCCCAGACCAGUUCUAUCGGCUGUGGCUGUCUCUCUUACUGCACGCUGGGAUUCUGCACUGCCUGGUGUCUGUGUGCUUUCAGAUGACCAUUCUGAGGGAUUUGGAGAAGCUAGCAGGCUGGCUGAGAAUCUCUAUCAUCUAUAUCCUCAGUGGGAUUACAGGCAACCUUGCCAGUGCCAUCUUCUUACCAUACAGAGCAGAGGUGGGUCCAGCUGGUUCUCAGUUUGGCAUCCUGGCCUGUCUGUUUGUGGAGCUUUUUCAGAGCUGGCAGAUCCUGGCACGGCCGUGGAGGGCCUUCAUCAAGCUCUCUUGCGUAGUGCUCUUCCUCUUCGCAUUUGGCCUGCUGCCCUGGAUCGAUAAUUUCGCUCACAUCUGUGGCUUCGUCUCAGGCUUCUUCCUUUCCUUUGCCUUUCUGCCCUACAUCAGCUUUGGGCGCAUGGACAUGUACCGCAAGCGUUUGCAGAUCCUGUUGGCACUCACUCUUUUCCUGGGCAUCUUCUCCAGCUUUGUUGUGCUCUUCUAUGUUUACCCCGUCAAGUGUGAGUGGUGCGAGCUCCUCACCUGCAUCCCACUUACGGACAAGUUCUGUGAGAAAUACGAUCUGAACGCUCACCUCCACUGAGCCCUUGCAGAAGAUGGGCUGCAAUGGAGAACAAUGGAGAUCUCCAGCUUUCUAAAGGCAUGGACAGAUAUUUUUUAAAACACAAUCUUCACCAGUGUCUGAAACAUUUAAAAAAUGUACUUCAUUAAGAAGGUUUUAUGGUUUUUAUUUGUCAGACUCAAAGAAGAGCACUCCCCUGGAGGGAAGGAUAAUGGUUAUGCCAACAGUGCCUUUUCAGUCGGUACCAACUACUGCCAUAUCCAAUUAAAUUGGAGCACUUUUAAGCCAAACCUGUAAUGUGUGUAGUGCUACUACAGUGGUAUUUAAUUCUCGGUAGUGUUUUAGCUACCUGCUCACAUGUAACAGAAAAUUCAAUGUGAAGAAAUCACCAUGUCUGCACCAUGUCUUUUUUGUCUUUCUUCCACUUCUGAAGGUUAAAAUAAUGGCUCUGUUCCCAAAACCUAUUGAGCUGUAUAGGCAGUAUAUUAAGGCAUCAUAUUUGCAUUCUAGACAUGAAGGCGGUUCCAAAACGGAUGCACUAGGCAGCAUAAUUAUGCUGUCUUCUAAAUUACCUUCUUUUAGUUGGCAAUCCUAUAAUGUGUGAUUAUAGGCGAUUAUAGAUUAUAGCUCAGUGACAUCAGAAGGUGCUUAGAGUCCUUCACUACCCUUUACAUUAUAGUAUCUUAUCAAAUCAAAUAUUACUUGCUGUGUCUGAAUUUGCAUACUGUAAGUAUUACUACAUUUGAUGAAAAACAUACUUU